AUGGCACCAUAUGAAGCACUGUAUGAAAUGAGAUGUCGAUCACCUCUGUGUUGGACGGAAGUCGAAGACAGGAAACUGUUAGGUCCCGAGAUUGUGAAAAUCACAAGUGAUAAAAUCCAACUCAUCCAGCAGCGAAUUCGCGCUGCUCAGAGUCGCCAGAAAAACUAUGCAGAUACACGAAGACGGGAAUUGGAAUUCCAAAUAAGAGAUCAUGUUUUCCUAAAGUUCUUACCAACAAGAGGGGUUAUCCGAUUUGGAAAGCGAGGAAAAUUAAACCUACGUUACAUUGGGCCAUUUGAGAUACUAGAAAUGAUCGGUUCUGUGUAUGUUCGAGAUCUAGAGCAUGUUAUCGAUUAUGAGAAUCUAGAAGUUCAAGAGGAUCUCUCUUAUGAAGAACAGCCAGUGCAGAUUAUCGAUCGACGCGAUUAG